AUGGCCCGUUUGGGAAGGGAUGCCACACAAGAUGAUUUUCUUUACGAUGAUCGUUGGACCAAAGAGGUCGACAACCUGUUCAUAGACCUUCUUGUAGAGGCCCACUUUGGUCUUGAAUGGAGACAUGGCAGACCAGGGUCGAAUGUCUUCGCCUAUUGCCGUGGUGCAUUGUUUGCACAUCUCGAGGCAAACUUCACGUCCAACGUCCUCACGGCUCCGGUAGCAGUGUGGGAUGAUAUAUUCCAGUCCGACCCAUUCUCGGUAGCAUACCAACAUUCUGGGGACCCGCGUUGGCCGGACAUACGAUAUUUGUUCACUGAGGUGUAUGAAGCCAGCUCAAAUGCACCGGAUGUGUUGGACCAAAACUCUACUAACGAAAAUUAUGUCGCGGCCUUGUACGAACAGUCGUACGUCUUUGAGCUGAGUUCCCUCACUAACGAUCCACUACUAAAUGAUUCAAUCGGAAACAACGUUUGUCAACCAAGAUCUAGACGAGAACGUCAAGAUUCAUCCGAAGGCUCAGUCAAUACACACACCCAUGUGAGCAUUCAAAGGCGGGGGAGUCGAACACCAUUGCGCAUUCCCCGACGACCUCGUAAACUGGCCCCAUCUUCAUGCAACGGAUCUUCUUGUGACCCGCCUACCUGAACACUUGCGAAGUCG